CAGUGCGGUGGGGAGACCGUGCACUAGCCCCGGGGUCUUUGCAAACCGGGGGAAUGUGUUAUCCCAUCUUCCCCAGCCGGGUGGGAUCCUGGUUAAGGCUCCACCAUGUUCGGCUCCUCCCGUGGUGGCGUGAGAGGAGGGCAGGACCAGUUCAAGUGGGAAGAUGUGAAGACAGACAAACAACGUGAAAACUAUCUCGGGAAUUCCUUGAUGGCCCCCGUGGGCCGCUGGCAGAAGGGCAAGGACCUCACCUGGUAUGCCAAGGAGAAGAAGGGCGAUGCGUCGUUGUCCCGCACCGAAGAGCUGAACGCCAUUCGCCAGGCGGAAGAAGAAGCCAUGAUGGCAGCCCUAGGUUACAAGAACGUGAAAAAGCAGCCGACGGGACUGAGCAAAGAGGAGCUCGCCGAAGUCUGCAAACGCAACGAAGGAGAGGCUGAUGAGAAGAGCGUGGAUCGCCUCAUGGGGCUGGGCAGCUCAUGGAAUGCUAGCGGAAGGAUGGUGUUGUCCAAGGAAGACAAAGAAGCCGCCAAGCUGGGCCUAGCCGUGUUUACGCAUCAACCGGUCACAAAGGCUGACAAACCCUCAGGCCCUCCAGAGAAACUGGAUGAGGACAGCAAGGCGCUGGAGAGGAAAGUCAUCAAGAAGUCGAAAAAGGAGAAGGACAAGAAGAAGAAGAAAAAGAAGAAGAAGGAAAAGGGGAAGAAGAAAGAGAAGAAAGAAAAGGAAGAAAAGAAGAAGGAAAAAGACCAGAAGAAGAGAAGGCCUUCCUCAUCAAACAGCACGACUUCGGAUCACGAGAAAAGCCGGCGCGAUAGACCAUCGUCCCCGCCCCGAGCAGCGCACUCGUCCUCCGACCGGUACCCGCGCGAAAGGACUUCGACGUCUCCCUCCAAGCCGAAAAGGGACGACCAUCCACACCAAAGUCAUAGAAAGUACUCCGCUUCCAGAGACAGAACUUCAGAGCCCCGGAAACGGACGCAGGGUGAAUCCUUAGACUACCACCCAGCCAAGAAGUGGCACGACAUGGAUUCCGACAAUUGAUCCAUCCUUUUAAAACAAACCCAGAUUUACCUAUCAUGUCGCUAUUUUGACCGUUAAAGCGGAGAUGGAUUGUGGUCUGGUGCAAAAUUCUGCAACCUUUUCUUCUAUAGAUGGGGCGCUGAUGCCCCUCCGUCCAUUAGCACCGCUACUCGAGAAUUAUUAUUAUUAUUUCUUUUUAAAGGAUCCUGUCUUUUAUUGGACAUAAAAUUUAGCUAUGCUUACCUGGUCAGGGCAAAUCCGUAGUUUACAAAUGCCAGGUGCAAAAUAUGGAAUUAUCAGAGGGUUGGGAUUUUUUUUUUUUCCCCUCCUCCCAAAGUUGAUAAAAAGAAGUCUGAUGGGGUCGUGUAGAAUUUAAAUUUUUAAAAAAGCAAUAGAAUUUGGGGAUCAGGUACAUCCCAAGUAGGAAAUACUGUCAGAUUGCAAAAAAAAAAAAAAAAAUCGCUUCUGAAUUUCAUCAGGCCAAACCAAGGAAUGGAAACAUUUUAUGGGGUUGUUGUGGGGGUUUUGUAUGUGUGUGUGUGUGUAGUUGCGAGUGUCAACCAAUUUCAGAAGCUACCUUGGUUCUUACAAUUAAAGAACAGAUUAAUUACAGAUAUUGUCAUUAAAUUGAAUCAUUGGAAUCAGUUCAGCACCUUCGUUUCUCUUGUGACAAGUCUAAAAGGUGUUGGCCACUGAUGUGUCUUCUAAGCUCAAAUUAUAUUCUGCCUGCGAUUUUUCUUGGGUCCAAGAAUUUUGGGGGAAUUACACCAACUCCAGAAGAAAUAGGCCGAGGGUUACGAAAACAUAAGGCAAAGGAUAAAU